GUACGCUACCUUCAGACCCCUAGCACCAUCACAUCUGUCAAGGACUCCUCUAACCUCUUCACUAUGCCCACUGAGAUGCUAAACUUCUCUAAUCAGGAUGCCACCGGCGACGGUGAAGAGCUUGACCUCCACUUGGACGGCACUACGACGCCAGACGAGCCGGGGGAGGGUGAAAUUGAAAGUAGGCGAAGGUCCACCGCCGCCAUAUCCUCAACCAAUGCACAUGCCGAAUGGGAAGCCGCGAUGAACAAUUCCCCAGUUUACCAGCCGAGCGUGUUUAAGGACGUAUGCGUGUAUGCGUAG